UCUCAGCACCGUGGACAGCUCCAUUCUGCAUACCUAGCAUAUGGCGACGGUUAUAAAAACCCUCGUGGAGCCUCUCUUUACUGCACCUUUACAGCGCCGACACGAUUCACAGCAUGGAUAACAGACUCUGCAACGCACACAGAAUCGCAAAAGAGCUCGAUUCACAACAAAAAGCUAGACAUUUGCGACCGGAUAGCGGUGUCGCCAUCAGGGGGACGAACUGGACCAACCCGGUAAAUGUACAUGCAAAGUUUAAUGACAAAGAAGUGAUGCAGGGCUUGAAUGAUCGGCUGGCGGGAUUCAUAGAGAAGGUGCACCAGCUGGAACACAAGAACCACGAGCUGGAGAGAGAAAUUGAAGAGAUACGAGGCAAAGCAAAGCCCGCAUCUUGUUUAGAGGAGGAGUAUGGAGAAGAAGUCAGGAAGAUGAGACAGCUGGUUCAGGAAAUUGCACAUCAGAAGCAUCAGAUUGAUAUUGAGCAUCAGAAUUUAGAGGAAGAGCUUUCCACCUUGAGACGGCAAUGUGAACAAGAGGUUCGUAGCAGAUCCGAUACUGAGAGUAAAAUCAUGGUCCUGAAGAAGGACGUCAGCGACGCGUAUCAGGCUAAACUACACCUGGACAAGAAAGCGCAGUCCCUCGUAGAUGAAAUCCACUUCCUGAAGAACAACCAUGAGGCCCAGGUGGCAGAGAUAUUGGACCAAAUCCAGGGAGCGCAAGUAACUGUGAAAGACCACGAAUUUGGACACCCUGGCGUCACUGCGGCACUCCGAGACAUCAGGGCACAGCUGGAAGGUCACAGCGCGUCCGACAUUCAGCAGAUAGGAGAAACUUUCCGAUCUCAGAUUGCAAGAUUAACGGAGGCAGUUGACACCAAGAGAAAGGCUUUAAAAGCGAGCCAGCAAGAGAUUCAGCAGUACAGGAAGAGCUUGCAGGCCAAAAACAUCGAGUUGGAUUGCGCUAAAGGUACCAGAGAAGCGUUGGAGAAGCAACUUCAUGACGUCGAGGAUCGCCACAUGGAGGAAAUUAUUCACUAUCAGAACACAAUCAAAGAACUUGAAAAUGAGCUCAUUAGUUGCAAAUUCGACAUGUCUGGUUAUCUGCGGGAAUAUCAGGAUCUGUUGAACGUGAAGAUGGCUUUGGAUGUGGAGAUACUGUCUUACAGGAAACUUCUCUGUGGUGAGGAGGCUCGGCUGUCCACAGAGUCAGACACACACAUCUCUUUGCCCUAUAUCUACCAUCAGUCCCCUAUUUACACGCUUCCUUGCCAUAACCGACCGGGAGGCCCACGCAGGCGAGCAGAGCCCCACUACAAGUUUGUAGAGGAAAUCAUAACAGAGACCACCAGGGAAAUUGAGAUGUCAGAAUUUGAGGAUACAGGCUCAGAAGAGGGAAAUAAUGAGCAGGGAUGUUCCAAAAGUGAGAGAGGGAGCGGUAAGAAAGAGAAUGAUAGCAAAGAUACGAGAGAGAGAGAAGGUGACCAGAUAUCUGACAGUCAGCAGAAUCAAGUAUCAGUGGUAAAUGAAGAGAAUGGACGUGAUGGUGGGGGUAAAGAGAGUCCUGAUCAGGAUGAUCAGGGUUAUAAAAAUAAAGAAGGGUCACAGGAGACUGAAGUGGCUGAGAAUGACGAAGAGAACAGCAUAGAUAAAGUUGCACAAAAGGAAGAUUUAUUGGGUGAAAGCUUUGUUGUUGAAGAGCUUGAGCAUCAAGAAAAAGCUGAAAGCACAGAAAAGGUGGAUAUGACAACAGUUACAGUGGAAAAGGCUCAGACAGAGCUUUCUGUUAAACUUUAUGAUAAACUCCAAGUUAAUACUGAGAACAAAUCUGUGGCAUGUGAUCAAGGACAUGGUGAGAAAAUAAGUUUGACCUCAGCUCUUGCAAAUAAGUCUGUUGGCGAAAUCUCUGUUCAUGAGUCUGAACAAUCAGAAAAAACUCAAGAGCUAGGCAACGCUAUUCAGGUUCAGGAUAUGGUUAAUCUUAAUUCUGAGACAGAUGAGAAGGCCACAGGUUUGACUGCUCAAUUAAAUUCACAUACAGCACUUGUGAAUGAGAGAAAGGAACAUGCUGAUACAGAGCCAAAGGAAAGCAGCAAAUCUGAUGCUGCAGCUGAGCACAAAGUAGCAAAAAGCAUUCAAGAUACAAGUAAUGAUAGCAAUAAAGACCAAGAGAAAGAAUCAUCUCUUACAUCUAAUGUAAAAAGUCUUCCUAAAGUGGAAAGUCUACAAGCAAAUGCUGGGGAUAGAAUUCAAACGGUUCAAUCUGCAGUGCCAAAGGAAAAAACAACCUUAACUGCAGAAAUCAAUGAGUUUCAUCAGGGGGCAGCAGACAGAAACCAAGCACAGCAACCAAAGGGGUCUGAUGACGCCGAUCGUAAAUGAUCCUUAAGGUAAUACUUGGAAGGUGGACAGUGUAAAGUCAGAGAAACACAAGGGCAAUAAAACCAAAACAGGGUUAUGGAAGAUGUGAAGAAUGCUUCCAUUUAAUGAGACAGCAGUUUAAACAGGCAAAUAUCAGGCAAACAAAAAGAGAAUGGCUUAUCUAAUUCAAGCAUGAAGCAGAGUCAAGCAAAGAGAACAAAUCUCAAGGCUGCAACUUCUUUUCCAACACAGAGAACACAAUUUCUCUAAUGUUUGCUGGAGUCUUGCCUCUGAACCUUAAAUCAGCUUGUGAUGUAUCAAAAAAUCCCUUUGAAUCACGACAAAACAUGUAUGAAUGUAAAAUGAAAGCUGCCUUUAAUUUUUUUUUGUCCAUCAUUAUCUGCUUUGGUAUGUGCUGACAAAUAAAUGUGAGAUUAAAAGAUCCUCUGAUUCUUACUGUGAAUGGAGCUGUUAUAUUUAUGAAACAGCUAGCUCGUAACAUACAUACUGUUUACACUGAUUGCUACUGUGAUGCUCUAAACAUAUUAAACGCUUCUAAUGAAGCUACUUCACUUACUUUGAUUUUGAAUGCAUAAAUGUGACAUUCCUUUUAAGCCUAUACCUAAAGAAUUAAACCUGCUAGUACAAUUAGGAGACAUAUCACAUGAAAUCAGCUGUAUUUUCAUUUUAAAACCUUUCUUUUUAAAUGAUUAAAAAUAAGUUU